CUGUUCCUCUUCGAUUCUGCCAUGCUGGCUCUAGGGGAUAUAUUAUUUCUGACCGGCUUGACUUUGACAAUCGGCUUUUCAAGAACACUUAGAUUCUUCUCAAGACCGGAUCGAAUGCGUGGUAUUAUUUCUUUCUUUGGAGGAAUUUUGCUGGUCAUGUUCCGGUGGCCAAUAUUUGGUAUGAUACUUCAGUUCUACGGUUUGAUCUAUCUGUUCGGUCAAUUUUUUCCUAUUGCGGCACAAUCCAUGAAAGAUACUCCGGUUGUCGGCGAAGUUUUCCGCAUUCCCGCCGUAGAACGAUUUCUAGAGAGCUUUGGAGGGGCUCGUGAUAGUAGAAGAGCACCUGUGUAG